GAAAAGGGGUCAAUUCCUCCUAGCAAACUAAUGAUAGAAAGUCCUCCUAUUGCAUCAAAUGAUAUACCAGAUGAUAGACCAAAAGUAUCUGAAUUGAUAGAGUUUUAUGAGUCACCAAGCAAAGGACAACUGAUACUAACUGGAAAAGUAAAAGAUUCGACUUUACAAGAGACAUUUAAGACUCUUCCCCCAGCAGCACCUGUACCAUCACAAAGUGGACAACAUGAACCAUUUUCAAUAGCAAAAGUGCCUGCACAACAUCUACCAAUAGCAACUAAAUUAAGUCAAUCAUCACAGCCUCUAUCACCAAUGGAACCUAAACCAAAAAAUGAAAGCUCACAAGAAUCAAUGCCCCCACCAUUGUCACCUCAAAUAGAAUCACUCUUUCAGAAGCCUUCGCAAUCAACAAAUAAUACAUCAAUAAAUUUAAAGCCACAAGAAACACCAUUACUUUCACAGUUCUUUUCAUUACAAGAUCAACUACCCCCUAUACCACCAAGACGUCAAAGUUUAUCUACUGUAAAUGCCCAACCAUUAUCAUCACAAGUUAAAAUUUCUGCUCCACAUUCACCACUGCCACCAAGACGUCAAACUAUUACACUACCAUUGCCACCUAAACCACGUCGACCAACAAUAACUACACAACCUCCUCCAAAAGCACCUAAACCACGUCGACCAUCAAUAACUAAUAAGCCUCCACCAAUAGCAUCUAAGCCAAGACGAUCUCAAGAUUCAUCAUCAGCUCCACAUGAUCCAACAGCAACAGUACUGCAAGAUAAGGAGGGGAAGAAAGAUCCAUCAUCAUUAGAACCAAUGGAAGGAUCAAUGUCACCAGAAUACAUUACAAUGAAAGAGAUGUUAGCUGAUCUUGUUGAUCUGUUGGCAGGAAAUGCUUCAGUUAUUUCUCAAUUAAAUAAUCGCCUAUUUUCAUCUGAUCUCAUUCCUAAAGCAGUACAUGUUACUGUGGAAAGUACUGCAGGACUCAGUCCUUAUGAUAGAGCUAAUAAAAUAUUCUCUUCAGUACUAGCAACACUUGAGUGUCAUCCUAAUCUUAACAGUGUGCUCUCUUCUCUCAUUACUUCACUACAGAAAGUAGGACUGAAUGACAUGGCAUUUAAACUAUCGACAAAAUUAAGGGAUAAAGGAGGUAGCAUAGAAGUUGAGCAAAUUGAGCCACCAUUAGCACCUAAACAACAACGACCAUCGCUAACUAAAGAACCUUCAUUAGAUGAACAAUAUCCUGACACAAAAAAUGAUGAGCAUGAGUACCAAAUACCACACCUGCAGUCAGUGUAUGUUGAGUCCCCCUCUAGUAGACCUGCAGUAAUACAACUUAGUUCAAAGGCAGAAGUUGCUCGCACAAUUGAGUCACUACACCAAGAGCUUACUAGUCUUGUCACUAAAAUAAGGAAAUAUUUUAAUGAACUUGUUUCAAGUGGGAAAUUAGAAGUAAAUGACAUACGAUAUCAUGCAGAAGCAUACUUGAAACAAGCAUUAAAUUUAUCACUUGUAAACAUGGACACUAUAUUUAAUGCUAUUAGCCCUCAUUAUGAUUUCUUCAAUUUUGGAUUACUCAAGAGUUUAGUACAUCGUUUCAUCCCCUUAUCAGAUGAUGUUCAUGCUGAACUAAUUCAAUACAUUAAGAAUGUUGAUGAGUUCUCAGAAUUAUCACAAUUAAAGCACAUACGAUCAAAAAUCAAAGAGAAACUGUCAUCAUUACCAGCAGCAGCCUCACCAACCACUAGCAAUCAAACAAAAGUUGUCAUUGAACUAAAUCAUAGAUGGGAAGAAAUGACUUUGCAAAAUUUUAAAAGAGUUCUUCAAUAUUACUUUGGACAUAAAGUAACAGAUAUUUUCUUUAUAGUGGACAUUGAUUUUGGUUCAGUUGUCAUUACGCUGUUAAUACCAACCUCACUAUCACAGUCUAUUAUUGAUACAAUCAGUAACAAUAAAGAAUCAAUGAGUAGAUUAGGAAUAUUGGAAGUUGCUGUUAAAAUUCCUAUCGGAAGAAAAGAUGAUAACAAUUUCAGCACUUCGCUCAAUGAAUUGUUUAAAGCUGCUGAUAGCUUUGAAGAAUUUAUGCUACUGCAGUUAGGAGCUGAUCCUAACAGUAAAGAUGAGGGAGAAUAUGGGGUAAUAAUUGAACAGAACCUAUUGUAAUUCUGUUUGUUUGUCUGUACACGUAAGCAAGAGUACUCUUGACGUACAUCAUGGUGUGAUUAGGAGUAGUAGAAUUUUAUGUUUUGCAUUUAUUUGGCAUUGAUUUAUGCCCACCAAUAGAUUGUUUACAUAAUA